AUGGGCCUUCAAGAAUUCCAGGUCGUUGGACGUCACUUACCCACCACAAAUGAGCCCAACCCCAAAAUUUAUCGCAUGCGCAUCUUUGCUCCUAAUGAAGUCGUUGCAAAAUCCCGGUUCUGGUAUUUCCUCAGGCAAUUGAAGAAAGUCAAGAAGGCCAGUGGUGAAAUCAUUGGUGUCAACGUUAUACAUGAGGCAAAACCUCUGAAGGUCAAGAACUUCGGUAUCUGGAUCCGCUACGACUCGCGAUCAGGAACCCACAACAUGUACAAGGAGUUCCGUGACCUCUCCCGUGCUGAUGCAGUCAAAAGCCUUUACCAGGACAUGGCUGCCAGGCACCGUGCCCGCUUCCGGUCGAUCCACAUCCUCCGCGUUGUUGAGAUCGCUAAGUCUGAUGAUGUCCGCCGCCCCUACAUCAAGCAGCUCCUUACCCCCAACCUCAAGUUCCCACUUCCUCACCGUGUUGGUAAAACUGCUGCGACAUUCGUUGCCAAUCGUCCUUCCACUUUCUGA